AGUAUUUGUCUCCUUUAUCGACCCCACAGACCAACAGCUCCAUCCACUUGCCCCGAGCACUUGAGAAAACAAACACAUAAUUCUCUCUCUCUCUCUCCCCUUCUCUGUCUCUCUCUCUCUGUCAGUGUGAUCAAUUUCUUGACUUCCUCCUUUUGGAGUGGCUAGGCUGAAUACCAGAACACAGGAUAUGCUUCGCAGUGCUCUCAGUUUCACAGCAGCAGCAGCAGCAGCAGCAGCCGUGAGGACGACACGCUCUGCAGUCAAGAUGAGUGCUGGGGAUGUGGUCUGCACCGGCUGGCUCAUUAAAUCCCCCCCGGAGAAGAAACUAAAGAGAUUUGCGUGGAGGAAACGCUGGUUUGUGCUUCGAAGAGGUCGCAUGAGCGGUAAUCCUGACGUGCUGGAGUACUAUCAAAGUAAAAACUCCAAAAAGCCAAUCCGCACCAUUGACCUGAAAGAGUGUGAGGUCGAAAUGCUGAACGGGCAACUCAGGAUAAAGCGAGACUUCCAUGGGAAGCACCUCUUUGUAGUGAAGACCUCAUCACGCAUUUUUUACCUGGUGGCCAAAACUGAGGAGGAGAUGAACAGCUGGAUCAGUAGCAUCAGUCAGAUUUGCCAGUUUGGGAGCCUGGAAGAUGCAGAGAGCUCAGAAGAAGGCUUUCCUCACACCCCCACCUCCCUUCAGCCGUCACCUGACAACUCUGACCGAGCAUCUGUAUCAAGCCAACUAGAUUCCAGUCAUCCACUGGACUACCUCUUUCUCUCACAGUGUGAGACGGGGAGUGUAAGCACUAGUAGAUGUGACAGCUUUUCAAACUCUGAGAUCUCUCUGGAGCAGAAGUCAUCAGAUGAUGCUGUCAAGGACAUUGUCCCCUCACCUCUUUACAAUGAUUCCUCCUCAUCUUCCAUCUCUCAUGCUAGCUCCAGUCCAUCUCUUUUCCCCCAUGGAAGGUUCACUAACCCUCCUUUCAGCGCUCCAUGCACCUCCAUGGCUUUACCGUCAUCCUCUUCCUCUCCACUACGUCACUGUGCCACAAGUGUCUUCCAGUUUGACAAACCUUAUUCUUCUGCGUCGCUCGAGGCAACGAGUGACAGACAAACACCUCCUCCGCUGCCACCCAAGCCGAAUCACCUGCCAGAGCAGCCAAGUUAUGAAGAACCUCACUGGCCGAGGGCAAUGAUUCCACGGCAUUUCUCAAGCCACACUGCAUUAUGUCCCCGGAGGACCUCUUUGUCAAGCCUGGACCAUUUCAGAAUAGGAGAUGCUGAUAGCAGAUUGGUGAGGAACAGGAGGCAGAGUCUUAAUCUGCCUUGUUUAAAUACCAUACAAGUUCAAAGCUACCAGGAUGACUCAUAUGUCCCCAUGGCUUCCCCUUCUCCCUCUGUUACCACUGGUGAAUGUGAUGGUUACAUCCCCAUGAGCCCCAGGACAUUCACUUUACUCAAUACACGCUGCAGUUUUGAGUCCUCCAUGACCCUCAGCCCACUAAUGUGUAAACCUGGAGAUCUUGUGCCACCUCCAAUUCACCGGCAUCUCAAGCCUCGCUUAAGGAGAGCUCGACCCCCACCUCUUGACUUGAGAGGCCUCUCUACAAUCACAGAAUGUCCCACUCAUCCUCCUUUGAGCAGAGCAAUGACUGAAUCAUGCUUUUCAGUGAACUGUUUACCUUUUGAAAGAAGACUUGAGAAUGGGGACAAUCCAAGAGUUGAAGACACAAACUGCACUGCAAUGGAGUCAAUGCAACAGUUCUGUAUCUCCUUUGAUGGAGUGGUUCAACCCUGGGCGAGAAGAUCAAACCUUGACUAUUUGUCACUGGAUUUCAAUUCCGCAUCCCCGUCGCCUGUGCAGAAGCAGAAGCCCUUUCUGUCUGAUGAGUACAGAGUGGAUUACGUGCAGGUGGAUGAGAAGAAGACACAGGCACUGCAAAGCACCAAAAUGGAGUGGACAGAUGUCCGGCAGUCAAAAACAUGAAUGGAAAAUACAUGAUGGAAAAAAUCUUGGUUUCAAGAAGACCAACAAUAACACCAGCACAGCGGACAUACAUGAAGAGGACCAAAAACAAUUUAAAAGCACUUUGAAAAAUAGUAUUGAAAUAAAAGCACAAUAGUAAAUAAGCAGUUAGGUGCUUGUUUGCAGGUUGGAAACACUGUACUUGCACUGUAAAAACGUAUUUAACUCUCAGUAGAUCUGUACUGUAAAUAAUACCAGACUGUGCACUGUAUCACAAUGAUUUUUUACUGUAGCAUAAAGUUUUACAAAUUUUUGAAAGGACAUCAUAUUGCUUCAUUGUAAAAAAAAAAUAUUCUGUGAGACUAGCUGUAAAUGUAUGUAUUGUAAUUGUGACUGAAGAAGAAUAUUUUAAUUAUAAAAUGUUUUUUUUAAAUAUUUCUCUUUCAUAAAGGGUAUCUCAAAAACCUAUGCAGCAUUCUUCAAGUGUUUCCAAUGUUUCUAUGCUACUGAAAUAGCGGUCCAUUAAACAUUCAAAACUUCGAGAACAGCAAACUUUUGCUUUAUAACUUUUACAUCUGAGUCGAAAUGUUGAAAAAAAAAGUGAAGGCUUUUAUUUCAAGUGUGCAAGUGACACUGCUACUCUGCACCCUACCAAGAGGUAUCUAAAAGAUUCAGGCAGGAUAUUGAAGUGAACUGCUCCUUCUGUGACCUUCAUAUUGAAGAUUUUUUUCACUUGGUACUAUGAUUAUACCAAGAGAUUCUGGAAACAAGUCAUGGAAAUUAUUUCCUGUAGCCUAUAUCCACGCAAACAUCCAUAAGGUUUGAAAAUGUUAUCUUUGGUUACUGAUUGUAAGACAGGGAACUCUUACUCUAACCUUAUCCUGCUUCUAGCUAAAUAUUACAUCCGUAACUAUCAAUCAUCAUUCUCUGUUUUCAUGAUCAAUGUCAAAAAUUAUAUUGAAAUAAUCCCCAUUUCCUUUACAUUUAAUGUUUUCUCUCACAUGUUUUAUUUAUUAUGUUUUGGUUAUUUAUUUAAUUAUAUUAUGUCUUUUGUCUUGUGUGUGUGUCUUCCCACUGGCAUGUUCUAAUGUUUAUGCUCUGAUAAGUAUAAAUAAAGUUUAUAUUAAAAA